UCGCCUGCCGUGCUUCUGCGCGAUCCCGAGCUGAUUAGAGACGUCUUGGUAAAGAAUUUUGAACAUUUCCCGGAUCAUCGCAGCUUCCUUGACGAAAGCGUAGAGCCGUUGUUUACCAAGAACAUCUUCUCCUUGCGUGGAGAUCGUUGGAGGGAAAUGAGGAAUACAUUAAGCCCCUCGUUCACAGCCAGCAAAAUGAAGUUUAUGUUCGAUUUGCUAUCGAAAUGUUCUCAUGAUUUCGUCAACUAUUUGGUCGAUCAUCCGGAACUCUGUCAUGAAAUCGAAUCGAAGGGAACUUUCAGACGAUACACCACCGACGUAAUUGCCACGGCAGCCUUUGGCAUAAGUGUUAAUUCUAUGAGAGAUCGAGACAACGAGUUCUAUGUAAAAGGAAUGGAGACUAACAAAUUUUUUGUUAGUCGGCCAGCGAUGGCUAAGUACAUAUUUUUGCGCAUGUUUCCAUGGCUUGCUAAAUCAAUUGGUCUGACCUUCUUCCCGUCGGCUACGUACAAAUUUUAUAAGAAAAUUGUAGAGGAGACCAUUAGGGCGCGACAAGAACAAGAUAUUGUCAGACCGGAUAUGAUUCAUUUGUUAAUGCAGUCUCGGGAUAAAAAGAGUGACAAUGGAGACGAAAUUACAUUAGACGUUAUCGUUUCGCAAGCUUUUUUCUUUUUCUUUGCGGGUUUCGACACCGCUUCGGUUCUGAUGUGCUUUAUUGCUCAUGAACUGGCAGUUAAUCCAAAUAUUCAGAAUCGUCUGCGCGAGGAAGUACAG